CUGCACGGCCAGAUCAUGGAGGAGAAUCGCAGGACUGUGGCAUCUCUCCGGGGUGACAGGUGGGAAGAGGAGAAUAGGAGAGAACUACAUGGGAUGUCACUGGAAAGAGACAGAUGGAAAAAUUAUGACCAGCAAAGAAGGAAGACUGAAGGUAAUCACAAUGGGAGGAAUGAUUGCCUUGCUCUGCAGGGCAGUGGCUGUCAUGACACAAUCCAAGAAGAGGUACACACUGGACAAGAAAAGAAUGCAGACCAAGUGAACGAGAGAUCGUGUGGUUCUGAAUCAAACAAUAAGGCACACAGCAAACUUCAAACACAGAAUAAAUCGUAUGAAUGUAUGGAGUGUGGAAAGAACUUCACUGAGAAGGCAAAGAUGGUUUCCCAUCAAAGAAUGCACACAGGGCAGAAGCCAUAUCAGUGGUUGGAGUGUGCAAUGAGCUUCAGUCAGAAGACACAUCUAACUUCUCAUCAAAGAAUUCAUACAGAGAAGCCAUAUCAUUGUUUGGAGUGUGCAAAGAGCUUCAGUCAGAAGAGCACUCUAACACUUCAUCAAAGAAUUCACACUGGGGAGAAACCGUAUCAGUGUUUGAUGUGUGCAAAGAGCUUCAGUCAGAAGACACUUCUCACUUCUCAUCAAAGAAUUCACACAGGGGAGAAGCCAUUUCAGUGUCUGGAGUGUGCAAAGAGCUUCAGUCGGAAGAAGCAUCUCAUGCAGCAUCAAAGAAUUCACACAGGGGAGAAGCCAUUUCAGUGUCUGGAGUGUGCAAACUGCUUUGGUUGGAAGACACACCUCACUUCUCAUCAAAGAAUUCACACUGGGGAGAAGCCAUAUCAUUGUUCGGAGUGUCCAAGGAGCUUCAAUCGGAGGACGCACCUCACUCGGCAUCAAAGAACUCACACUGGGGAGAAGCCGUAUUAGUGCUUGGAGUGUACAAUGAGCUUAAGUC